AUGGCGACGACACCCCCGCCGCGUUCGUCAUCACGCUUUCAGACUCCUCCACCAGAUUCGCCAUCAAGCCUACGGGUUCCUUCUGCACCACUGUAUGGAGCUAAAUAUGACCAAUAUGAGCCAUAUCCUCCUCGAUUCUCAGCUAGACUAGCAAGUCAGCGUGCAGCCAGAUCAAUGGAAAGGACGCCCGAACCAGUUUGCCCAAGCUCGCCAAGCAAGAUGCGGUCUCGAGGGUCGCCAAAAAAGCACUCGAAACACGAUGGAGAGACAGGCAGAAGCUUGAAAUCGACUGGAAAAGAAGCCUUAAGACAGCAGUCCGACUUACUCCUAUCGAUAAGCGACCCUAUUCCCGAUAUUUCCGAAUACCCUCAACAUCAGCCUUCUUCUUUCUCUCACCGUCCGCCUUCUUCCCUUUCUCAUCCUCGCUCAGCAGCGACUCAGGCCUUGCCGACUCCUGCUAAAACCCCAUCAAAGCGAACGAUCCCAGGUGAUUUUUCGUCUACAUCUCGUACUCUCUUCCCAUCAACCGGCAAGAUGUCGGCCAGAAAGCCAUCUCCUUUCUCGCUAGACAGCUUUGAGACAUCUUCCUCUAAUGAGAUCCAAAUCUUCACCGACUCCCGUGAUCGCAUCCCCGCUCCUGGUCCUGCAACGGGCAAUCCCUUUGCUUCACAGGCGGACACUCUCAAGACCUCCAGUCCUGUUAAGCCUGCCAAGAAGGGUAAGAAGGCUGCUGGUCGUACCCAGUCCACUGGAGAGGGUGUCAGCUCGCAGCGUACCCCGAUCACUUCUCCCAAAGGUCAUGAAAGUUCCUCUGGUGAGGAAGACCCUUUGCCUAACCCGGAAGAAGGAAUCACCAUGAUUUUCCGUGGUAAGAAGGUCUUCACCAAGUUUGCAGAUCUGGAAGAGCAGGACGAUGAGGAGGAUGACCUGGGGCUGUUUGCAUCCCGACCGGACCUGCUGGCAGCCAACCCAGACCUCCUGACGCGGGUCAAGCCUCUUACUCGCGGCUCCAUCAAGCCCCGUGUCCUCUUCCCUGCUGCGACAAAGGACAAACACCCCCUUGACGAAGAGGUUGCUACCGACGAAGAAGAUGCCCAGGUGGCUGAGGCUGUCGAGAAACCUGUCAAGACACCCGCCAUUACUCCGGAGUCGCCCCAAGUGCCUCAAGCUCCCGGUGCUCCUGGCACUACUCGUCUGCUGCGAUCUAACGCUCGCAUGGCAACGCAGGGUGAGGAGACCCCGACUGGUACGAACGCCGCAGACACCAAGCGGAAGCGUAUCAGCCCAUUCGAUCAAUGGCUGCGUAAGAAGCAGGCCAUUGAGGAAAUGUCUUCCCCUGCCCCAUCGGCGAAGCGUGAGGCCGAUCUUUCGGGCGACCCUCCGUUGACCCCACCCUCUGCCAAGAAGUCCCGCAACACUCGCGGAGGUGCCUCUACCGCUCCCUCGGCUUAG